AUCAUAAUGGAAAAGGUUCAAAACGCGUAAGAAUAGAAAGACAGCCAUGGUUAGGGAUCUAUACAAAUCUAGCCACCUUGACUGUUCGCUAUACAUCUAUUUACCAAAUCCCUUCUUUCUUCCUUUCAAUUCGUCCCCGCUGUGCGGAAAGCCGCCAAAAUGUCGGGUGGACUAGCUGUUAUGAGCCUUGAAGAAAAUGAUGUAACAAGGUUUCUUGCUGCAUUAACGCACAUUGGCGGCAACAAUGUAAACUUCCAGAUGGAACAGUACAUCUUCAAGAGGCGUCAAGAUGGUGUACACAUUAUUCAUCUAAGGAAAACUUACGAGAAGAUUCUCCUUGCUGCUCGUAGUAUUGCAGCCAUUGAGAACCCAGCUGAUGUGUAUGUCAUUUCAUCACGUCCCAUGGGUCAGCGUGCUGUGUUGAAAUUCGCACGCUACACCGGAGCUACUCCUAUUGCUGGACGUUACACUCCUGGUGCUUUCACCAAUCAGAUUCAGGCUGCUUUCCGUGAACCACGUCUUCUGGUUGUAACUGACCCUGCCUGUGAUCACCAGCCAAUCACAGAGGCCUCUUAUGUUAAUAUUCCAGUCAUUGCCUUCUGCAAUACUGACUCUCCUCUGCGAUUUGUGGACAUUGCCAUCCCAUGCAACAACAAGAAUGCUCAUUCUGUUGGCCUUGUAUGGUGGAUGUUGGCCCGUGAAGUACUUCGCCUGCGUGGUACCAUUUCCCGUACAUUGCCUUGGGAAACUGAUGUUAUGCCUGAUCUCUUCUUCUACAGGGAUCCUGAAGAACAAGAAAAGGAAGAGGCUGCUAAAGCCGAGGCCCUCAAGGCUGAGGCUGAACAGCUGAAGGCUGAUGCAGCUGCUGCAGAGAACUGGGGAACUGAUGCCGAGAUUCCUGAUGCUACUGUUCCUGCUGUAGGCACAGGCGCUACAGUUCCAUCCCCUGUGGCUGGAGCUGCUCCUGGCGCUGCACCUGCUGCUGCUGCCGCCCCUGCAGGACCUGUUGAUGACUGGGGUCAGGCUGGUGAUGAUUGGGCUGCCACACCUGCUGCUGGAACUGGUGAUGACUGGGGAGGUGCCCCUGAUGGUACCUCAUGGUAAACAUCAAUAAAAUCUAGUUGAAA